UUUCUGGUGGGAGCCCUUUUACGUGUCGACCAUUCCAAUUAAGAAUCUCUAACGGCAAAAGGAAAUUUCGCAGUUCGUCGUCUCGUCGUGUUUGUUCGCUCAACCCCAUACCAUCCCAUCUGUUCUUCUUCUUUUUUAUUUUGAUUAUAUUUAUUUUUUUUGUGCCAAACCUCAAAGUAAGAAAAAUCGAGUAAAUUCUUCGACUCGCCAGUUACUUUCGGCCCUAACCUCUGCGUCUCUGUUUCUAGCUAUAGCUAGGGUUACCGUUGGGAGAUCAAUAACCCCAUGCAACUCCAACCUUAUCAUCGUUAAUUUACAUAAUGGACCAGUCGGAAUGCGGUGGAUGCGGUGGAGUGAGGCGGUGGGUCCUCCACAACGUCCGCCACAGAGCCGCUUACCGUCGACUCUGCACCAAUUGCAUCCUUAAGAGUCACCAGGGUCUCUUCUGCCCCUUCUGCUUCGAAGUGUACGACGAGUCUCUUCCUCCUCAUGAGCGCCUCAUGUGCCUCAAAUGCCCUUCCAUCUCUCACCUCUCAUGCGUUCCCUGGUCCCAUCCCCAUUCCCCUCCUUCCUUCCUCUGCCCAGCUUGCUCCACCCCUAAUUUCUCCUUCUUUAACCUCGACUCUAAUAAUGCCACUAAUAGUGGCACGCCUAUUGAUAAGGACUCUGCCAGAGCACUCUUGGCUGGCGCCAGAAUUGCCGCAGUCUCCAUGGCCAAAGCUGCAACGGUGGCUAGGGUUGAAGCCGAGAGGAGGGUGAAAGAAGCUGCAUUGGCGAAGAAGAGAGCAAGAGAAGCUUUAGAAAGACUUGCCUACUUGGCUGCCAAAGAGAAAGAGAUGAAGGAGAAGGACAGAGAUUCCAAAGUAGCUACCGGAACAGGCAUCAAAGUCAGUAACAAUAACAACAAGCGAAUCUUAGCAGAUGGAAUUGUAAGAGGAGACAAGGGCAGUAAUGGACUGCACUCGGUUUCUCUUGUUGUUAAUGUUAGUGGCAAUGCAGGACAGUUGAAACGCCAGUAACAGUAGUAAUCGACUCAGGCAUCCUCUCUGUUAUUGAAGCUGAUUUCUGGCUAUCUUUCUUGUAAAGAUGAUGAUUUUCAGCAUAGAACAGGGGAUGUCGUGCUUGUAGGUGAUGUUUCUGUAUUUUUUGUCAAGCUUAUUUCUUUCUUGUGAUCUGAAUUAUCUGCUGGACUCUUUGCUUUCAUUUUUGUAAAAAAAAAAAAAAAAAA